AUGUGGGGUUUUGGGCUCCUCCCAGUGACCGGGCUGCGUUCCCAUUUCACAGGCCGCCCCGUGCCCGCCCGCAGUCCCUGCCGCAGUCCGGCGGGUGUGCUGACCACGCAUCGUGCUGGGCGGAGGGUGGGCUUGUCUGACCAGAAGCCAUUUCUGCCGCCUCUUGUCUCCAAGCCGGGUCAGAUUUCCGCCGGGGCCGAGGAUGCUCUGGAAAGCAGCCUGAGGGCCCACGGGGGCCACGCCCCCAAGCACACGCCCGAGAAGCGGCCUGUGCCCGUGCGGAGGAAGAGAAGCAUUGAGGAAGCCGUCCCCGCCGCCUGCAAGACCAGGACGGUCAUUUACGAGAUACCUCGGAGCCAGGUGGACCCCACGUCCGCCAACUUCCUGAUCUGGCCGCCGUGCGUGGAGGUGAAGCGCUGCACCGGCUGCUGCAACACCAGCAGCGUCAAGGUGGCCAAGGUGGAGUACAUCAGGAAGAAGCCAAAGUUAAAAGAAGUGCAGGUGCGGCUGGAGGAGCACCUGGAGUGCACCUGCACGCCCACCGGCCCGAGCCCCGACUUCCGCGAGGAGGAGACAGGAAGGCGUAGGGAGUCAGGUAAAAAGCGGAAAAGAAAAAGGUUAAAACCCACCUAACCAGCCAACCAGAUGUGAGGUGAGGAUAAGCUAGCGGCCCUUUCCCGGGACACGGAUGUACAUGGCGUGUUACAUUCCUGAACCUACUAUGUACGGUGCUUACUGCCAGCGUGCGGUCUUUGUUCUCCUCCGUGAAAAACUGUCUCCGCGCGCACCCUGGAGAACAAAGAGACAGUGUACGUCUGUUUAACGUGACAUCAAAGCGAGUAUUGUAGCGCUGGGCGAGCCGCUCAGAGCUUCCUUGUCCGAAACAGAGCGCACAG